UGAUGCUCGGUGCGUGGCGUGUGCGUGGCGUCGCGUAGCCCAGCAUAGACUGUGUGCACAGGAUCCGAAUAAACCGCAUUCACACAGCGCAUUCACACAUCUCACUGAGAAAGGUUCACUUAAAGAAGCCGGAUCUGAGGAAUCUGGGUGCGCAGUCACGCACAGCGUCGAGGCUCGAUCCCGGCCGUUCUGUUGAGCAACACCAACUCACUCCUGUUAAGCUAUAUCCAUAUUUACUGGAAGAUCAUGGGGAAACAGAACAGCAAGCUGACCCCUGAGGUAAUGGAGGACUUGGUGAAAAACACAGAGUUCAAUGAACAUGAGCUCAAGCAAUGGUAUAAGGGUUUUCUUAAAGAUUGUCCCAGUGGCAAACUAAAUCUGGAUGAGUUUCAGCAACUGUAUGUCAAGUUCUUUCCGUAUGGUGAUGCAUCCAAGUUUGCCCAGCAUGCCUUCAGAACCUUUGAUAAAAACGGAGAUGGCACUAUUGACUUCAGAGAGUUUAUUUGUGCCCUGUCCAUUACAUCACGAGGAAGUUUUGAACAGAAGCUAAACUGGGCAUUUAACAUGUAUGACCUAGAUGGAGAUGGCAAAAUCACACGAGUGGAAAUGCUGGAAAUUAUAGAGGCUAUUUACAAAAUGGUUGGCACUGUGAUCAUGAUGAAGAUGAACGAGGAUGGGCUGACACCAGAGCAGAGGGUGGAUCGAAUCUUUAGCAAGAUGGAUAAGAACAACGACGACCAAAUCAGCCUAGAUGAGUUUAAAGAAGCAGCAAAGAGCGACCCGUCUAUUGUACUGCUUUUGCAGUGCGACAUGCAGAAGUAAGGGUAUGCAUGCCAGCAUGCUCCAGACUGAAUAUGUUGUAACAUUUGAUUCAUGUUCAGCCAUUUCCACAAGAUUAUAAAACAAUUAUAUAUUUGGACUUUUCAGAUGAACUUGCUUCUUGCUGUCGAA